GCUUUGGUGCCUUGCAAGGCAAAUGCUAGGCUCAGAGUUAGGGUGCUGACCUUUGACAACUAAUGUCUUUGGUCAUAAUGCCUCCCCACCUGCCUUAAAAAUACUUGCACUGUUGAAUCCUGGUUUUUAGUUAUUUACCAUUUUAACAUAUUGAUGAUAAUUGGUUGUUUUCAAGUAUCGGUGUCUUGGUAAUUCUGUAGCAUUGGUAAAUGACUUGUGUGUCUGCUGCAAAGCUUUGUUCAUAAAAUAUAGCUGCUUAAUUUGCUGGAUAAAUUUUGCUGUUCUGCAAAACCAUCUUAAGGAUUAUACCUGUGGUUCAAUGCAUACUUGUAUUUGGUCAGAGGCUGAUGAUAAAUGCCAGAUAACGGAAGAUGGAAAUGCCGAAAAAAGAAUUCGGAUGGAUGAGACAAGUGUUUGUGAUAAAUGCUGUGCAGAGUUUUUCGAUAGAAAUGAAUUCUUGGAUCAUAAAAGGACAUGUGAUAAAAAUCAACCAGUGUUAAUAAUGAAAGAUGGUGAGGGAAGUGUUGUGCCUCAUAACUUUUCACAGGGGUCUCCUCCUAGCUUUACCAGUAACCCUGUGGAAGGCCCAUCUGCUAGCAACGUGCAGCCAAAGAUCAAAUUGGCCUCACCAGGAGAGAAACUUGAGGCAUCCCAAAAUCAAGAAGGUCGUACAGUUGAGACUUCAAUGGCUAAUAUAAGUUUGCAAAAUUCUAAAAUGCAAAACACUAAUGUGACAUUAGAGACUUUGUCUGGCACUAAAGUGGCAGUAACUCAGCAUUCCUCCAGUAACCAAGCAUCUCCCCCUCUUGUUAAUUUAAAUGCAAUUCCUAUGAUUUUGGAGCAGUUGGUCUGUCUGCAGCAGCAGCAACUUCAGCAGAUCCAACUGACAGAGCAGAUUCGUAUUCAAGUGGCAAUGAUGGCUCCUCAUGACCUUCAUCCUUCCAUUGCUGCUGCUGCUGACCCACUGAAAGCUUUGGGUGCUCAUUUAUCACAGCAGCUUUCUGCUGCUGCUGCUUUAAUUGGGCAAAAAACAAGCACUCAAAGUGUUUCUUUAGAGGCCUUGAAACAGGCAAAACUACCUCAUACAAACUUUGGAAAUCCUGGGAAUCUUGUAGGGACUGCAGGAUAUCUAUCUACCAAGACUGAGCUUCCAAAGGUUCUCCCAAAUCUAGCACCUCGACUUCCAAAUCUUCUACCUCAGACCCCUGCUUCUAUUGCAUUUCAGAAUCCAUUUUCUCCACUUUCAGCUAGCCUGGAUCAUUUGAAAAAGGGGAAAGGAAAACCACCUAAUAUAACUGUUGAAAGUAAAAUGGAGGAGCCACUGUUUAAGCAUAAGUGCAAGUUCUGCGGUAAAGUGUUUGGCAAUGACAGUGCGCUUCAGAUUCAUCUUCGCUCUCACACUGGAGAGAGACCAUAUAAAUGCAAUAUUUGUGGAAACAGAUUUACAACCAAAGGAAACCUGAAGGUGCAUUUCCAGAGGCAUAAAGAAAAAUACCCCCAUAUUCGGAUGAAUCCCUGUCCAGUUCCAGAACAUCUAGACAAUGUCCCCACAAGUACUGGAAUUCCCUAUGGAAUGUCUGUGCCACCUGAUGAGGGUAAUUUUGUGGAUAGUAAACCAGUUUUAUCAACAGUGCCGACUGAUUCUGGAUUUCAUCCACCCAUGGUGCAUGGCCUUAAAAUAACUUCAGAUGCUGCACUUGGACCUGAAGGAUCUUCUCAAAGACCUCCCUCUUCAGGAAGUGAAGGAGCAUCUAUAUCAUCCAGCAUGUUCAGUCAGGAUCUGGGAUUAGACCAUGGGCUGGAAUCCCCUGAAGGCCUUGGUCUUAAUGCUGUAAGUGGGGGAAUAAACCCAGAGCAAGGAUCCGAAACAUCAAAACUUCAGCAAAUGGUAGAAAGCCUGGAGAAGAAGACUGAUGAUCCAAAUGAAUGUGUAAUCUGUCAUAGAGUGCUAAGCUGCCAGAGCUCACUGAAAAUGCAUUACCGUACACACACUGGGGAGCGGCCAUAUAAAUGUAAAAUAUGUGGAAGAGCUUUCUCAACUAAGGGUAACUUGAAGGCACACUACAGUGUCCACCGAGCAAACACCCCACUGAAAAUGCAACAUUCUUGUCCAAUCUGCCAAAAGAAAUUCACUAAUGCAGUUGUUCUACAGCAGCACAUUCGGAUGCACAUGGGUGGGCAAAUCCCAAAUACUCCAUUGCCAGAAGGCUUGUAUGACAGUCCUGAUGUUGACUCUUCCAUAUUGGAUGAUAAAAAGCUCCACAGUUUUGUGGAGAACCUAAAUGACAUGGAGAUGUCUGAGGAAUCUCUUGAAGCACAAAAUGACUCCUCAAAACCUCAACCACUGCAACCCCUGUCUCAAAAAUUGCAGUCUCCUUCACCCCUGCCAAUGUUUUCUGGCUUGUCUGCUUUAGAAAAUCAAAUGAAAAGCAUCAACUCUGCUUUGAGUCUGCAGAGACAAGGGAGUAUUCGAUCUGAAAGUGAUGGUACCACAAAUGAUUCCUCUCCUGUCCCAGGUGAUGCAGAGUACCAAAAUGGCAGAAGCCCUAGUAUUUCUGAUUCUGCAUCCUUUAAUUCAUCUCCAUCUCCUAGCCAAGCUGGAAGUACCCAGGCUAAAUCUCCAGAGUCCACCCAUGCAGAAGAGGGUUCUAGGGUAGCUGUUCAAACACAGUCUGACACUGGUGAUGCAGAACAUAAUGGAGCUUUAGAUUUGACCUCUGGAAACUUCAUACCAAAAGCAAUUAAGGAGGAACCAGGGCUGAAUUUCUCAAAUGGAGAAUACAGUGCAACUCACAUUCCAACCUUUGUAAGAGUCCCUCCAAGUCUAGUCAAGUUGGAAUUGCAGAUCCCAGCUGAACGACCCCUGGGCUCCCAUGGUUCAUUUAUUCAGCAACCGCUUCCUCCAGGAGUGCAGGUGAACAUACCAGUACUGCCUCGCCGUUCAGCCAAACAGCAUAUCUGUAAUACCUGUGGAAAAAACUUUUCCUCUGCAAGUGCUCUGCAAAUUCAUGAGCGUACACACACUGGAGAAAAACCAUUCGCUUGCACUAUUUGUGGAAGGGCAUUUACUACCAAAGGAAACCUCAAGGUACAUGUUGGAACCCACAUGUGGAAUAACUCUGCUAGACGUGGUAGGAGACUGUCUCUUGAUAACUCUAUUCCAGUGCUUGGAAAUGAACCAAAGAUUAUGACAGAAAUUGUUCCCACAUCCAAAGAGAUGGUGCCAAUUAAUCUUGAUCCAUCUGUUUGGAAUCAGUAUGCUGCAGUCUUUACCAAUGGUCUGGCAAUGAAGACCAAUGAAAUCUCUGUUAUCCAAAAUGGUGGUAUCCCACUUCCUGGAAGCCUAGCAGGAGGUCCGUUAAUCGGGUCUAAUGGUGGAAUGGCCAAAAUAGAUGGAUCACAGCCUGGCAUUGCUGCCUCAGUGGCUGAAAUUGAGAAAACUGGAGUUGAGAAUGUACCAAAGCACCAAUUCCCACACUUCCUGGAGGAGAGCAAGAUUGCAGUGAAUUAACUUGACUCCACUGAAAUUCUUUGAGGGAAAAAUUCUAAAUUCUCCUUUAGUGUCCAUUUGUUGAACCUAUGGAUUCUCCCUGUGAAAUAUACAAAUGGAUUUAUUGUGGCUACAUUUCUACUGAAUUGCUGAAUAUUUGCUCGGGAUGAGUACAAUCACUUUCUGGUAUGCUGUAUCUUGGAAAUAAUGCAGGUCAUUUUCAGUGACUUUCUUUUGUAACUUGAUGUGUACAGGUUUGCAUAUCUAACUGUUAAACUGCCACAGUUCUUUGAACAGUUUACUUUUUUUCUCUAAUAGAAUUUGGAAUAAACUACUGUAGAGUGAAUAUUUUGUAUUUACUAUUUGUACAUUGAAAUAUGCGGGUAACUACGAAUGUCUGUCAUCCCUUUUGCACCCCCCUCCCCCCAACUCUGCCCCAGAUGUUUGAAUGUACAUUAUGAGCAUGCAUUGCUAUAUAUUUGGGCUUAGCUGUCUAAAUUGGUAUACUUCAGUUUUAAUAUGGAUUUUAGGAUUGGCAGGUUAAACUGUCCAUAUUUGGUAUAGGUGGCCUGAUGUGCUCACCUUACUCAUGACAGUAAGUGAAGGUUCUAUGUGUUUACACUUAAAUCAUCUUGCAAGUAUAUUGGGUUUUAUUGCUGACUCUUGACAACACUUUAAACUGUGUCUGCACUUUAACUGCUAUAUCUGACAUCUGUGGGUUGUUGGGGGGUUUUGUUUGUGUUUUUGUUUUUUUUUCCUCCCCCAACACUGUUUGGAAAGCUUUAGGUUUGAAGUGUAGUGUGUAGUUUUUGUUGAGUUCUGAAACAUUUUCUAAAACUAAGCUAGAGAUCCCAUGUGUAGCAUUAUAGAUUUAAUUUCUCUACUCUUGUUUGAGGAUCUGUUAAUUGGAAUUUCAGUGUUUUUGUUUAGGUCUUCCUGCCCCUUACCCUAAUAUUUAUAGCCCUGAUCUAUGUGUGAUUUAUUAAUAUUCCUACCUCCCUUUUGGAUUUUCAUCUUUUGUUUACAUAUUGAAUGUAUUACCGAUCUGUUAAACUAGUUGUUUAAAUAAAACUCUUGACAUCCCAUCUUCCUAAUGAGAA